GUUUAUAACGUAUAGGUGCACAAGUGCAGUGAAAUGGAAAAAUUAUGGUUAGCCAUAUUUGUUUUAGUAACAGCUGUUCAAACCAUUUUCGGUAUAAGAGAGUUACCUUCCGAAAAGCCUCAUCUUUUGCAAGAACUGAAACACUCACCGCUUGUAAGCAAAAAAUAUGGUCACCAUAGAAGUAAUGUAAAAAUUGGUAACGAAAUUCAAAGAUGCUCUAUUUUUUGUCCGAUUAUAAUAAUCUUCCCAAAUUCUAAUACCACAUCCACUUCACCAAAAUCCACAAAGAAUAUUACAAAAUCCCCCAAAGGCUCCGUUAAGGUAACAUCAAAACCAACAUUGACAAAUAUGUCCUCGAGGAAACCAUUGAACCAGAAUGGUAAAAAGUCCCUUAAAGAAAUAAAAAAGGAACAUCCUCGUCAUAAUACAGACUCACGAAAGAAACAGCAAAAACUUAAGGCUAAGGCAGCAAAUGAAGUCAAAACCCAAACUGGCAAAAAAUUAAUUAAAAAAAUAAAAAAGGAGCAUUCUGCAUCCAAAAGAAGCUAUAUUAAGAAGAUUUCAAAAGCAAGUAAAAAUAUAAGUGUAAAAAAAUAUUCAUAUCACGACUUAAACUCACACCAAAAACGUUUAGUGUUAAAGCAACUGAAUCUGGGAAAUAGUAACGGGAAAAGGCCCUACGAAUUUAGGGAAAUCAGUACAUCCCUUUGUCGCGUAGUAUGCCUGGAGAAAAACGUUCCGUCGAAUACACCGGUUCCUCAAACAGUCUCUACGGAAAGCAGUGGGGAUUCCGAUGAAGAUAGCUACGAAGAAGGCGAAGACACGCCAAUAGAAGCAACAGUUAAACCCGCCGAUCCACAAAGCGUCGUAAUCGGUGGCAUAAGGCCUUUUGGUCCGGUAAAUUUUAACGGACUGGAUGACUUUGGACCUAGCGGAGAACUAGCCAAGGAUAUUCCGCGGCUGGGCGACAAGCACAAUAAACAAAAUGUUACAAGAAAAUGCUAUUGCAACGAAACGUUUACUUAAACACAAUAUUCUCUUUGUUUAACUUAAAAUUACGAUAAAAAACAUGAGGUAUAGGUAAAAAAAAAUUGAAAAAAACUACUUUUUUCGAUUUUUUCUUGUAUUAACUUUAAUUCAAUAAGGAAAUUACAAAUUAGUCAGA